AAACCUAAAUACCAAAACCCAAUUUGACUUUCCAUUUUCCCAGAAUUUUACAGCUUCAUUCUUACCUUAAACCCUUGCUUACCGUUACAAAUUCAACCCCAGAAAAUCUUUAAUUUUUAUUUUUUUUAAAAAGCCCUCUCUUUGGUUGAUUUAAUUGAUCAAUUGCAGAGAGAGUGGCAUUUUAAUUCAACCCAGAAAAAGAAAAUCCAGUCUUUUUUGCUGAGAAAUUGAGGGGGAAAUAAACCCAGAAUCAAAGAAAGAAAAUGGAGUUUGAACAAAGGAGGAAAAGUGGGAUAAAUCUGCCAUCUGGGAUGUCAGAAACAUCCCUAAGACUGGACACACCAAAAUCAAGAAAUGAAACAACCCCAUUUCGAUCAAAUCUCUGUUUAUCAUCACCAAGAUCAGUGUCAUCCCCUAGAUCAAUUACUAGCCUUUCAACAGCUACUCCAUCGCCUACGUCGAAAAAGUCGAUUUGCAGUGACAGAUUUAUACCUUGCAGAUCUUCUUCUAGGCUUCAUGCUUUUGGGUUGAUUGAGAAAUGUUCUUCUUCCCCUAAUAGUAAAAAUAACAAUAAUGGAAAAGAAGGGGGGAAUAACAAUAGCAAUCAUGAGGCUUAUACUAGAUUAUUAAAGCAAGAGUUGUUUGGUGCUGAUUUUGUUGCUUCUCCUUGUUCUGCUGCAGGCUCACCAAUCAGUAGUCCAAACAAGAAUAUGCUGAGGUUCAAGAUGGAGUAUUCUUCCCCAAAUUCGUCUUUCUCACCCUCCGCCCUCGGCCGUGAUUCUGGGUCUUAUAAUGAGAUCUCUACUCCUCCCAAGCCUCCUAGGAGGGUUCCCAAGACACCUCACAAGGUUUUGGAUGCGCCAUCAUUACAGGAUGAUUUCUACUUAAAUCUGGUAGAUUGGUCAUCUCAAAAUCUGCUUGCGGUUGGACUUGGUACCUGUGUAUACUUGUGGAAUGCAUCUAACAGCAAAGUGACUAAAUUAUGUGAUUUAGGACCAAAUGAUGGUGUUUGUGCAGUUCAAUGGACAAAAGAGGGUUCCUAUAUAUCUGUUGGAACAACUAGUGGUCAAGUUCAGGUAUGGGAUGGGACUCAAUGCAAAAAGGUAAGAACACUAAAUGGCCAUCAAACAAGAGCCGGCGUUUUGGCAUGGAGUUCGCGUAUAUUAGCCUCCGGAAGUAGAGACAGGAACAUACUUCAACAUGAUCUUCGUGUCUCUAAUGACUAUGUUAGCAAGCUUGUUGGACAUAAAUCUGAGGUAUGUGGGUUAAAAUGGUCUCAUGAUGAUAGGGAACUUGCAUCAGGAGGCAAUGACAAUCAGCUGUUGGUUUGGAACCAGCACUCUCAGCAACCAGUUCUGAAACUGACAGAGCACACAGCGGCCGUGAAGGCCAUAGCUUGGUCGCCUCACCAGAGCGGUCUGCUUGCUUCAGGAGGUGGAACUGCUGACCGUUGUAUUCGAUUUUGGAAUACUUCAAAUGGGAAUCAGAUAAACAGCAUUGAUACAGGAAGUCAGGUAUGCAAUCUUGCAUGGAGUAAGAAUGUGAAUGAAAUUGUUAGCACUCAUGGGUAUUCUCAGAAUCAGAUAAUGGUGUGGAAGUAUCCUUCAUUAUCAAAGGUUGCUACAUUAACGGGACAUAGUUUGCGAGUUCUCUAUCUUGCUGUUUCCCCCGAUGGUCAGACAAUAGUGACUGGAGCGGGAGAUGAGACCCUAAGGUUUUGGAAUAUCUUCCCUUCCGUUAAAACACCGACACCAGUCAAGGAAACUGGUCUGUGGUCAUUGGGACGAACAUAUAUUCGUUGAAAGUCUGGCUGAGUAUCUCUAUCUAUUCAAGAGUGAGCAACGGUACAAGCUAGUAAAUUUUGUAUAGUGGAAUUUUGUAUAGAAACUGUGAAAACCUGUGACACGAAAUGUAGAUGGAAGUUAGUUUAGACAAAAUGUACACAUGAUAGUUUGUUCAUUCAUCAAAAGUUGGAAUUUCUGUAGGUUUAGAUUGGAAAACUUUCUCCUCAAAUGAUGGCUCCAAAUUCAUGGAAGCCAAAUCAAUUCUGUCAAUAAACUAUUGCAAAUCAUUACAAACUA